GUCGACUAAUUUCACUUCUAGUAGGUAUCUUUUGCAUUUUUAAGUUUCGUAGAAUGUCUUAUAAAUUUUUAAAAAAAUACAGAGAAUGAGGUCUGUGGUUGCUUGCGUUAAACUUUGUAGUAUAUGUGUUUGUAGAGACAGUUUCUCAUUGAGGGCGUUUAACUGGCGAUCUUAUAUCAGCUCCGGCAAUGAUAUCCAGCUGUUGACCAACUUCCAUAAAAGUCUAAAUUCUGCUUGUGACUUAUUGGAACGUGUAGAAUGGUGCUGUUCACACCUCCGUAAGAAGGUGCUCAAACCGAGGACGACAAAAAUACUUGCGGAAUUUAGAUUCUCUCACAGUGUUCAACGGCUGAAACUUCUUAUCUGAUUCAGUAGUAUCAGCUCCAUUGGUGAACGCCUUUAAAGAGAAGUUAAGUCUCUGCAGAGCUUAACAAUAGCGUCCCAGGAGUGCGAACUCACGAGUAAUCUUUAGCUGACCAAUCAUAAAAAUGAGAAAUGUUUACUCAAAAAUGAUGUAUGUUGACAAGAAAACUCAAUUAAGAGAUUAUCUUUCUCUGACACGGCUUAAAAACACGUCCUAGUUAUAACGAGGAGUAUCAGUUGCUAAGUUAGACUAGUUUCUGUAGAUGUAUUCACCGAGAUGACUACAGAUAAACUAUUUUGUGAAUCGUUUAUCUCUCUCAUUCCGCUUUUAGUCUUCCAAAAAACCCUCACUUGAACUGUCAUGGUUUCCAACAAGAGGAUAGACGACUACUUAACAGGAAAAUGUGGAUAAUAAAACAAAUUAAAAUAAAUGACAGUAACUAUAAAUCUAUCCCUAAUCGUAACCAUAAGCUUAACCCUAACCCCAAUACUUACCUUAGCCCUAAUCCUAACGAGCUAUUAAGACAUUGUCCAAACAUUACUUAAAAAGGUGAUCUCAGUUAAAUUUAUUGCUUAGUUGGUGUAUAGCGUUGAUAUUUCAGCUAUGAUAAUGACAGAUACCGUUAGCCAACGACUAGCAUGCGUUCAAGGUCAUUGGAGCGUUCACAAUCCUGGACGCUACUAUUGAACUUUGCCCAAGAGCCUACUAUCCUAAUCAUCAGAUUAUGAUGCUAACAUUAUAAUGCUUGCUAUUAUAGUAGUAAAAAUGUUUCUCAUUGAUUUAAGCACUUGUGUUUUAGCCAAUGUGUUUGGGGUAUAAAUUCUGACUUACCGUCAUAAGCGGGCUAACUCGUUUCUGUUAGGAAGCGUCAUUACACGAUCAGUAUAUACUUUGAUAGCACCUCAGUUAAUUUAUAUACACUACUAGUCGUUGGGUUGUUAGGUGAAGUCUAGUUUGUGCUUUUCACACCCUACUCUAUUCCGUUGUUUGUAGCGGGUUAAGGUUACAUGUUUUGCCUCAAACCCUACUGUAAUACUGCUCACUGUUGGUUGUGAACUCAUUGUAUCCUUUAGAAUUACAAAAACAGAUAAUAAAAUCAUAUACAAAAUCAAGUGGGAAAACUCGAUUUGAAGGGAACACAGUUUGUGUUCUAAAAGGUAUAAUGCGACAGUGGAUAGUAUGUCGAUAAUCCGGAUGAGUGCUCUGGUCUCCAGUAAUCGCCUAAAUUAUCUCUUCAGAGAAUAGCUAGUGGAAUUAUUCGGAUUAGUGUGGUUCUCGAUUUUGUUUGUAUUCUACUGCCGUAAUAACAACGGGAAUCAUGAAAACAAGAUUAUGUAUCUCUGUAAGAGGGUCACUGAAUGACUACUACAUACCAUACAUUAGCAAGGCUUCUUGAAUUAUCCAAAGGACUUUACAGGCGAAAUCCAUGUCGUAAUUGCUACGAAUAAACCCAUACUUCAGGAAGACCCGGUAAUAUUCAUAUAAGUAUUUUAGUGACAGAUUUUAAGUAUUAACAGACUGUUUUAUAUGAUUGUGCUUGUUCAUGAUAUCUGUCAAAAAUCUCCAUGAGUAACACAGGUAUUUGUAUAGUGUGUGCUGAACCCAUACGCUGGCUGCAUUCUAAGAUUUUUAUUUAACUGAUGAAUUCGUACUAACUUACCACUAUCAAGAAGGAUAAUAAGUUGUUAAGUUGUUUCAUUAAGUAACGCACAGAAAAUAUACCACAAGUUGAUUUCACUUUUUAUUUCUAAAUUAUGAAGAAAAAGGAUUUUUCCCUACACUGGGAGCAAAUGUAACUAUUGUAUCAAGUUUAAAAGUGUUAAGAAAACCAGAGCGGAAGAGAUUUGAAAAUUGUCAUUUUAAAUAAUUCUCAAAAGUAUUCUGGCUGCAUAUAGCUUGUUCUAAACGUCCUGUUAUGUGAGCUUUUAAUAUUGACUGAUUACAGAAGAUGUCUUUAAAGAUACAUAAGUGAUAUACAUUGACAGUAAGUCAAUUCUAUGACCUUUUUGUUAUCUUGAACCUCUGAUCUUAUUUCUUCGAUAUCGAUGUCAGGAUAAAUGCUAACUUAAUUAUUCCUUCCCAUGUAGUUAUUUCGUGUAUAGGAUAGGCUGCUAUUUGUUGUUUUUGGUUUCUUGAACUACACUAAACAUAUUAUAGCUAUUGUGAAAUAUGGGUUCAGAAGAAACAUCUACAUUGUUGGGAUAAAAUAAUAAGACUUAUAGUGUUUCACAAUUCCCAUAAUAACUGAACUACUUAUUAUUGAGAAGCCAAUAUUCUUAUGUUUCUCUUCAGUUUCCACUCUUGUAUAUUCACAUUAGGUAGAUGGUGAGUUUUCGUGUUUUGACUACAUGGACGAUUUUUGUGAUGACAAACCAUUAGAGGAAGUAAUAACCGAAAAAAAUGUUUUGAGAGUCACAAAAUUAUACUGUCAACAUAAAAUGUGUCAAACUGCAGAAUUUGAAGUCUUCGUGAUUUUAACAAGCUGAUAGGUAUGCAGUUGAUAACUGGGAAUGAUUAGCUUAUGUUAGCAUCGUAACGUAUGUGAAAUAAGUAACUUGUAAAAGGCUGCUUACAAAAACAUUUUAUACCUGAUCUGCCACUGUUAAACUAACAUCGGACGGUGUAUUCCUGAUUGAUUUUAGAUCUAAUUUAUCACUCCUAAUUCAGAAAAAAUCUAUCUUCCAGUUAUUCCUGAUGAUGUUGACCACUUUGCGUAUUGGGCAACAACCAAACAGCUGUUUCACUCUCCCGUUUUUAAGGAAAUUCAUUAGAAGUCUGGAAUAGCAGUUACUGACGAAAUUCGGAUGUGAGCAUGGUGUAUUUUAUUUUCCCACGCUUAUAUAUCAGAUACCCAUCAGAGUUAUUUUUUCAAAUUUUUGUGCUUAGUUUAACUGGUCUGUUGCAAAAGAUCACCUGUUAUUUGGUUUGUACUGUUUUUGUAUUCAGCUUCAUGGAUUACGAAAGUGUACUUUUGGUUAAAAAUGAAGUGUUCGUGUAUCGAAUUCCCCCUAGACCAUCUAAUCGAGGAUAUAGAGCUAAUGAUUGGAACUUAGAAGCACCUAUGUGGACUGUAAGACUUCGCGUUGUCUCCAAGGGAAAAGAUCUAGUCAUACUAUUGGAGGACAAAAACUCUGGACAGUUAUUUGCUAAAUGCCCUGUAGACUCCUUUCCUGGAAUAUCAGUUGAACCAGUUCUCGAUUCGAGUCGGUAUUUUGUUAUUCGACUUGUAAGUAAUGAUGGACGGACCACAUUUACUGGAAUUGGUUUCACCGAACGAUCAGAUUCUUUUGACUUAAAUGUAGCAAUUCAAGACCAUUUUAAGUGGUUAAAACAAGAAAAAGAAGCUGAGGAAAUGGAGAAAAUAGCAGCCGAUCAACCAGCUAUAAAUAUGGCGUUCAAACAAGGCGAAAAGAUCAAAUUAAAUCUUAACACACGACGUACAGGUGAUGAGCCUAAUCAGAAGUCGAAAGUUUCACGUCCAAUCGGUGGUGGUGGUGGUAGUGGUCUGCUACCUCCUCCCCCUCCGCCAGGUAUUUCUCGUUCCCGUGGAAGUCGAACUACUACUAGUACUACUACUACUACUACGACGACUGGGGAGACUGUACACUUUCCAACAUCUUUUGAUUUAGUCGGUGGUGAUUCACAGCAAUCGGACAAUAUACUUUCUAUGCCUACGUCUAAUAAUCCUACUUCUACUAAUAUCACCACCAGUACUAAUCCUACUGCUACGGUUACCUCGAAUGCGGACCUUUUAAACGAUAUUUUUGGGAAUCCUGGACAGUUUUAA